CACAGCUUUAGAGCGAUUGUUUCUUAGUUCCAGCUCCGAUCAGGCGGUUUUGCAGAAUUCCCUUAGGGAUUUCACCAAUUCUGAUUAUUUGUCUGGUUAUGAUGAGCGUACGAAUGGUUUAUGGGAAAAUGGAAAAUUAUGUCGCAUUGUCUCCUGCGGACGAUGGAAAAUUUUCCUUAGCUUACAAUCUGAGUUCCAUUGUGAGUUUAGCAAGUGACAACAGCACUGAUAAUGUGGAGGAUUAUGGAUAUUACAGGGUUCGCUUCAAUCCUGCCGCAGCGAUCGUUAUUCUAGGGAUGCUCAGCUUAAUUUUCCUUAUUGCCUUUUUCUGCACCUGUGUCUACCGCCGAUCGAUCGGCGGGGAAGGCAGUAGAGCUUUCAGACGAGCGAUGGGCAAUGAUAAUGCGAGGACCGCGGCAACCAGGGGUCUGGAGCGGAAUGUCAUUGAGAGCUUUCCAGUAUUUAGCUACAAUCUGGUGAAAGGGCUAAAAGCGCAGGCCAAGGGAUCGGAGUGUGCAGUCUGCCUUAGUGAUUUUGAGGACGACGAAAUGGUGCGCUUGCUUCCCAAGUGCAGCCACGCAUUUCAUCCAGAGUGUAUCGACAUGUGGCUCUGUUCUCACGACACAUGUCCAGUCUGCCGUACGAGCCUUGUGCCCACCGAGGAGCCUAGCCCCUCGGGAAUCGCCAUCGGUGUCGUCGAGGAGCAGGCGAUUGACAACGGAGCCAUCCGCAUCGAUAUUUCCAAUGGUGAAGCAACGAAUGAAGCUCCGGAGGCGAGCCACGGUCCGAUGGAGCACUCGCUUGUAAGGGUGCGCAAGGAAUCGGAGAAGGGCCCCGAGUGGUACAUCGCCACCGCGGAGGGGCUUAAGCCUGGGUUGCACAGGAGCUGCAGCUUUGUCGAAAUAGAUCUUUCGGAGGGGGCAUCCACUUCUAGGGCAGCGCCCUCGCGCUCUAAGCCGGACGGUUCUAUUAACGAUCCAGGGAGCAGAUCGAACUCGGAAAGACGGGAGAGCAUUCCGGGCUCGUUUUUAAGGACGUUUUCUUUGCGCGCUGCCCCUCAGCUCGGCGAGCAAGGUGGAAGUGAGCAGCCGGAUCGCAGAGCUUACUUGAAGAGGACGCUGAGUUGGUUGACGCGAAGAGACAGAGGGCGAGAUAGAGAUGAGUCUCAGAGGGGAUCGAGAUCGGGGUCCUCCAGGCAUGUCGAUCGAAGUUCUCCGAAUGUUGUGGUGUAAACUUAGGGGAAUUCACAGUUUGUGGUUCUGUUUCCACACGGGUUGCGUUGUUCGGUGCUGCUUCAGGGUUGCCGACUUCCGAGUUGCAGCCCACCACAUCGUCCUCAUGUUCAAAUGUAGGGCCCGCGCGUAGAAAUUUCCGGAACUUCAUGCCCUGCAACGACCAGGAAACCUCAUGGUCGGGGAUGGGAAAACUAUAUGACAAUUGUAGGGUGGGGUUCCAUUCUGCACUGAGGUCACCCAUUUGGUGUUUCUUUUCUUAUACAAUGCCCUUCUGUGCAAGUUCGAGAGGCUUUACAGGAAAGCACUCCUGAAAGGACGCCGGGCAUGGGGAAACAACUUCCUAAAUCAAUCUAACAUAGGAGAAGGUUGCAAAAUUCUUUCAAACCCCUGUUCAAUAAG